AGUUGUAGAUUAGCUGGUGACAAGACAACUUCGUUUAUAAAAACUACAAUAAAAAAUUAUCAAAUUUAACAAUUAAACUGAAUAAUUAAUUACACCUAUAAACUUUUAUUUGUUAUAUAAUUAAUAACAAUGUGAUAUUUGUUUAAAUUUUAUAAUUUUAUAAUUUUAACAAGUAGAAAAUUCAAAACGACUAAACGAGUGGUUAUUAUUUAUUUAUUUUUUUUUGAUUCACUUGGAGGAUAUAUUUAUUCAAAUGACAUUGUGCAAGAUGAAUUUAAUAGAAGAAAUAAAUAAUCGUGAUAAUUUUAGCGAAUCAUCAAGUCCAUCAAAUGAUCCGACGGGUUAUCAGACAGAUUCAAGUGUUGAAAGUAUUGAAGAUCGUAAAGUUAAAAAUUCAUUUAAUCAAUUAUCAAGUGCAUUUACAAUUGACAGUAUACUUGGAAAUGAUAAUAAAAAAAAUAAAAAUAUAGAAAAAAAUAAUGAUACAUUUAAAAGUCAGCAUGAUGAUGAAGAAAUUAAAAAUUUUUUUGUCAGACCAACACCGGUAACACCAAGUCCAAGAUCAUUUUGCGAUUUACAUCCAAGUGGAAUUUAUACAAGUGAAGGAAUUAAUUAUCAACAAGAGGGAAUUUCAGAUGCUGGAUAUUCAGCAGCAUCAUUGGCAUCAGCUUCACUUUUAUACAGUAGUUGGUUUAAUCAAUCAAAAUCAAAUCAGAUAUUUGGAUUACAAGCUCCAAAACCAAGUGGUAGAAGAUCAAGAAAACCAGGUGUUGAUAGAAAACCACGACAGGCAUACAGUGCAAAACAACUUGAAAAACUUGAGGCUGAAUUUAAAGUCGACAAGUAUCUCAGUGUCAACAAAAGAAUGGAACUAUCAAAAUCACUAAAUCUAACCGAAGUACAGAUAAAAACAUGGUUCCAAAAUCGUCGAACAAAAUGGAAAAAACAAUUAACAUCAAGACUCAAAAUAGCACAAAGACAAGGAUUAUUUCCUCAAAAUUAUUUCACACCAGCACAAUAUCCUCUUUUGCCUUAUUAUUCAACUCCUUUAAUUUUUAAUUCAAAUACAAAUGACACAUCAUCAUCACUCGCAUCAACACUUCCAAGUGAAUCACUCAUAUCACCUGAUUAAAAUUCAUCCUCAACAAUUUUAUAAACUAAAUAAAAUAUUCAGUUUUACCUAGAAGCUGAGUGGCUAUGAUGAUGAUUAAUGU